AUGUCUACCUCUCCAGCCCAACCGGCGCCCGAGCUCUCUUCUCGGAAGCGAAAAAAAGUCUCUGGUCUCACCUCGUUCAAACUGUCUAUGAUGUACGAGUAUAUCCAGAAGAUCCGGAGUGGAGUCGCCGACCUGCCAGACGACGACGACGAUCUUCAACAUGACUUGGAGAGAGUCCUAGAGAAGGUACAGGCAAAGUUGAACACACCGAAGGUAGUCUUUGGCACUGUACGGGUUCCUGCUCUCGUCUCACCUGCUCGACAGCACACCCCCUUCUCCACUGUCAACACGGAACUAUUGAACCACCCGGCCGGCGAGCUUUCACUCAGAAAUGAUAUUUCGGGACGGGUCGAGCAAUCAAAGCUCCUAGGUGCAGACAAAUUCAUGUCAUCGACGACUAUGCACUCUCUGCUUCAGCUUCUUGAAGACCAUACGAUUCUAUCCACUGAAGCGUCCGCACGCCUCUGGAUCGAUGUCUUUAUGUAUCGCGCCACCGCUAUGGUCGACAAAAGCAAACAUUUAUUUUUAAACCUCGAAUAUACUGUCCUCAAUGAAAAUAUGUCUGCGACUGAGUCAUCUCAACACACGCUCGGUGGUACUCUCGACUACUUGGUACUCCUCGUCGGGCAAGACGAAAUUGAGAAUUAUCGUUAUCCGCGAAGUAUGCCAUAUCUCAAGAACUCGGGACCCGGCUUCUUCGUUGUGGAGGCCAAGGUUCAUUCGUCUUUCUUAAUGGACCACAUGCCCCAGGCAGUUGCAGACAUGAUAACCUGUGCCAAGUCUUUGACACGGACCCAUCUUCGCGGGGCACUGACAAACGGACAGUUUUGGAUUUUCGUCAUCGUCGCCAACAAUCCGGAAUGCCCUGGCGGAAGUUACUACUUCUCCCAAGCCAUUCGGUUGGAGAGGAAUAAAGCAGCGAUUGACGAGGAGUCGGCCAAUAAGAUCUCCGGGAUUCUCGCUGACUGGAUUGAACGUUCUUUUGAUGACAUCGGGGAAGACGACUGGUUCAUUUUAAAGAGAUAUAAUGAGAAAAAUUGA